AUUAAUCAUAUUAAACAAUAAUUAUCCGACUAUAUUCUCCAAGAUUUUUAUUGGUUCUAACGUUAUUAAGAGGAAGGCAAAGGGAGAAAUUAACCAUCAUCUAAUUAAAUUAUCUCAUUGGAAUACAUGUCUAAGAUUCAUCCAGCAGCAGAUCAUCAUAGAAAGCGAAGCAAACCUUGUAGACACGACGAUCAUGAACAGAGACAGAAUCAGAAUUUGAAGCUUAUAGCUCCUGCAAGUCGCUUAAUAAGUAGGCCGCCACCGGCUGCUGCCUGCGCGGCGUCUAUCUUCACAGUGUGGAAGAGAUCGAGUAUGAGUUUCCAAGGGACAGAUGGAUUCACGGUGUUUGAUAAACUAGGACAAUUAGUUUUCCGGGUAGACAACUACACCAGAAGAAAGAAUCGUUCCAUUGCUGCUGGCAAAGGAAGAUCUGGUGUUGGUGGACUUGUACUCAUGGAUGCAAAUGGUAAACCUCUCUUAACAUUGAGACCUCAGAUGAGGAGCAUGCAAUUACAAUACGAAUGGAAAGUAUAUAGCGGAGGGGAAGAAGAUGAAAACAAUGGAAACCACUCUCCUCCUUUGUUCGUAAUGAGAAAACCUCCAUUAUCACUGCUUAUGAUGAUGCGAACAACUGCGACAAACUCAUGCCAGGCUCAAGUCUUUACUGCUGAUGGAGAGAAUGAUAAUGUCAGUCGUCCCGAUUACAGGGUAGAGGGUUCAUUCCGUAGGCGAAAUUGCAACAUAACCAAUUCUACUGGUCAUAUUGUAGCCAAUAUAUCAAGAAAAGUAGCCAACGCUACUACUCGCACUACCGUUUUGAUUAGCGACGACGUUUUUAGCUUGGUGGUACAACCAGGCUUUGAACCUCACAUUUUUAUGGCUUUUGUUAUUAUCUUGGAUCGCAUGUAUCCUAACUCAUAUGCUCCCCUUGUUUGUUCUUAAUUAGUAAUUGAAUUUCAUGUCUAAUAUUUCAAGGGGUUUUGUAAAGAAAAGAAUUUACUGUUAAUGAGCUUCUUCAAAUACAAUGUAAUUUUUGUGUUCGCUUUA